ACCCGAGAUUUAAAUCUCUGAUCUGGAUCCUUAUCAGCUUAGGGUAUUAGGGUGAUCCCGUUUCGAUGAAAUGGUACAGACUAGGGGUAAAACUAUAAACAAAAAUCCAAUUUUUUAGAAAUCAGGGGCAAAACUGUCUGGGCAGUCCGCCAAGAGCGUUUCUAUCGACUCUAUCCAUUGCUUUUGAUCUUUUCACACUUUGUCUUUUACAAUCAAAUCCCGACAAAAUCCAAAUCCUAAACGCACUUACAUUAUUAUGCAAUUACUAUAAUACCCCACUGUUUAAACUCUUGAUAUGCCCAAUAUGCCCAAUCUAUGUCUAGAGUCGCUCGCUACACGGCAACAGCAGUAUCAUCGCGUUGGCUAAUGCUCUUUUUCUCUUUCCAUGCUCGGCCCGUUGAGCGUUCGGUAGUUGCUAUGGCUCUUCAACUCUCUCCUCAUCAAUCCUUCUCUUCCCAGACCAUUCUGCAUACAACCCAGGGAAUCCCUCCUCUCCAGAACUCCAAACUUCCACAAAAACCCCUUAAGUCCCGAUCUCUCAAAGAGAUAUGCAAGGACGGAAACCUUAGAGAAGCCUUUCUCUCUUUCAGUGAUCUGUUCACUUUCCAAAACCCACCUCAAAUCAAUGCGGAUGAAGCCUAUUCAUCCACUUUAGAUCUCUGCACCCGCAAGGAAGCAUUGGCACAGGGUCAACAAAUCCAUGCGCAUAUCCUGACAUCGGGUUUCACUUCCGACACGGUGUUCUUAAGCACAAAACUUGUGUUUAUGUACGGGAAGUGUGGCUCUUUAACUGAUGCUCGGAGGUUGUUUGAUGAAAUGCCUCAAAGGACAAUUUUUACCUGGAAUGCUAUUAUUGGUUCUUAUGUUUCGAAUGGGGAACCCUAUGAGGCGCUGAAAUUAUUCCGAGAGAUGCAAUUACAAGGAGUUGCUGUCGAUGCCUGCACUUUUCCUACUGUGCUGAAAGCAUGUGCGGCUCUGAAAGAUCCUAACUUUGGGCAUGGAAUUCAUGGUCUAGCUGUUAAAUCUGGAUUUGGAUCACUUGUUUUUGUUGUCAAUUCCCUCGUUGCUAUGUAUGCGAAGUGUGGUGAUGUCAGACAAUCUAGACAGUUAUUUGACAGAAUGGUGGAAAGAGGGGAUGUUGUGACCUGGAAUUCGAUCAUUUCUGCCUAUUCGUUGCAAGGACAGCCACUAGAGGCGCUGAAGCUUUUCCGAGAAAUGCAGAAGGCUGGUGUUUCAAUGAACUCAUACACAGUUGUGGGUGCUCUUCAAGCUUGUGAGGAGCCUUCCUUUGCAAAACUGGGCAUGGAGAUCCAUAAUGCUCUACUAAAAUCAGGUCGGAAUCUGCAUGUUUAUGAGGCCAAUGCAUUGCUUGUUAUGUAUGCGAGAUGUGGUAGAAUGGAUGAAGCUGUACGAGUGUUCCAACAGAUGGAUGAUAGGGAUGACAUAUCAUGGAAUUCCAUGCUUUCAGGUUUCGUUCAAAAUGGGUUUUAUGAUAAAGCUAUUGAAUUUUUCCAUGAAAUGCAGAACGCAGGUCAGAAACCGGGCCAGGUUUCAGUGAUAAACAUUGUUUCUGCAUCAGGUCGGUUGGGAACUUUACUGAAUGGGAUGGAGUGCCAUGCAUAUGCCAUAAAACAUGGAUUGGAUUCUGAUCUGCAAGUUGGUAACACGCUUGUAGACAUGUAUGCCAAGUGCUGUUCUGUAAUUUAUAUGGGACGUGUCUUCGACAAAAUGCCUGACAAAGACUAUAUUUCAUGGACUACAGCGAUUGCUGGCUAUGCUCAGAACUGUUGUUGUUUGGAGGCAUUUCAGUUGUUUCGGGAAGCACUAGUGGAGGGAAUGCAAGUAGAUGCAUUGAUGAUUGGAAGCAUCCUCCUUGCUUGCAGUGGCUUGAGGUGCAUUUCGCAUGUAAAACAAAUUCACAACUAUGUUAUGAGACGAGGACUGUUCGAUCUUGUGCUAGAGAACACAAUUAUCGAUGUGUAUGGAGAGUGUGGAGAGAUUGAGUAUGCAUCUCGAAUUUUUAAAAGAAUAGAGUAUAAAGAUGUUGUCUCUUGGACUAGCAUGAUAUCCUGCUACAUUCACAAUGGUCUUGCUAAUGAGGCCCUUGAUCUUUUCUAUGACAUGGUAGAUGCUGGGAUUGCACCUGAUUCAAUAUCAUUAGUUAGUAUACUCUCAGCUGCUGCAAGUUUAUCGGCACUGAGUAAAGGAAAAGAGAUUCAUGGGUUCCUGUUAAGGAAUGGAUUCACGUUGGACGGAUCAAUUGCAAGUUCUCUUGUGGAUAUGUAUGCAAAGUGUGGGACCAUAGACUACUCAUACAAGAUAUUCAACAGGAUCACACAUAAAGACCUGGUUCUAUGGACUAGUAUGAUCAAUGCUAGUGGAAUGCAUGGCCAUGGAAGAGAAGCCAUGGGUCUGUUUACUAAGUUGAAGGAAACAGAUCUUAUACCUGAUCAUAUUACCUUCCUUGCGCUUCUCUAUGCAUGUAGUCAUUCAGGAUUAAUUGAUGAAGGGAGGAGGUAUCUUGAAAUUAUGAGAAGUGAAUAUCAGCUAGAGCCAUGGCCAGAGCACUAUGCAUGUGUAGUCGAUCUUCUUGGGCGUGCCAAUUGCUUGGAUGAGGCAUACAGGUUUGUGAAGAAGAUGCCCAUUGAGCCAACAGCUGCAGUAUGGUGUUCUCUUCUCGGAGCUUGCCGGGUUCAUUGUGAUAAUGAACUGGGAGAAAUUGCAGCACGUAAGCUUCUAGAGUUGGAACCUGAAAAUCCGGGGAACCAUGUUCUUGUUUCGAAUGUCUUUGCUGCCAGGCAAAGAUGGAUGGAGGUGGAUGGAGUGAGAACAAGAAUGAAGGCAAUGGGAUUGAGGAAGAAUCCUGCAUGUAGUUGGAUAGAAGUUGGAAAUAAGGUGCAUACUUUUACCGCAAGGGACAGAUCUCACCCACGGAGUGAGGACAUUUAUUUUAAUUUGGCCAAGAUUACUGAAAGAUUGGAAAGAGGAGGAGGCUAUGUGCCUGAAACAAAGUAUGUUUUGCAUGAUGUGGGGGAAGAAGAAAAGGUUAAGAUGCUGUACGGGCAUAGUGAGAGGCUUGCAAUUGCUUUUGGUCUGAUUAGCACCCCUGAGGGUACACCUAUUCGAAUCACAAAGAACCUUCGGGUCUGUGGUGAUUGUCAUGUGUUCACAAAGCUCAUCUCAAGGUUCUUUAAGCGAGAAAUCAUUGUGAGGGAUGCCAACAGAUUCCAUCAUUUUCAAGGUGGAGUUUGUUCUUGCGGAGAUUUCUGGUGACUAGUGAAUCCCACUUCUCAAAUGCUUCAUACUAUUGAUUGAGCUCCGAAACUGGAUAUUGGUAAUGCCUACUUAAAUCAUGGGUGGAGUAUGUUCUUGUGGAGAUUUCUGGGGACUAGUGAAUCCCACUUCUCAAAUGCUUUAUACUAUUUGAGUGUUGAGCUCCAAAACUGGAUGUUGGUAAUGCUCUACUUUAGUCACGAUGCUCGCUCGCUUGAACGCAAGGGUGCAACCAUGCAGGCCUGAUUCAAUGUUUGGUUGGAGGUUACCUGUUGAGAAACAACUUUAGUAAGAGAGAAGUCUUAGGAACUGUGCCACAACCACUAACAAGGUGGAGUUGUGUGAUAAAUAACUUACAAGAAGGUCUUCUUGGUGAUGACCGCAGACCAUUGAACAGAGCAACAAGAUCUUAUACGAACAGAAAUUGGGACGUAAUCUUGAAGGCCCCUUUCACCACUGCUGCAGCUUGGAAGAUGGGAUUAUCAGUUUCAGCACUAUUAACAUAAGUAUUGCAGAUGGUCUGCUGUCGGUAUGGAAGUUUGCUGGUCUGCUGUCGGUAUGGUUCAUACCUGGGCAUUUUCUAACCGAGUGAGAUGAAAAUAAACAAUAAUGAGUUUUGAAGAAAAAUGGAAAUAAGAAAAAGUUCACUAACCCGCAAUGUUUAAUAUAGAUGAAGCCAUGAAGGUCUCAACUUAGUGACAAAAUUUUCCAGUAUCAACCCAAAGAUAAUGGAUACACAAUGGACCAUGGAUUUAGUUAUACCGAUCCAAUACCAAUCCGGAUCAGAUCGUAUUGAUGUCUAUGGGUCAUUUUUGUCCUUACUUUUUCAAAAAUAUAUAUUUACUGUGUUUACCCCUGAAAUGAUCAUUUUUGCCCUUACUUUUUUCAAAUAAAAAAUACAUUUUUUUA